CAAUGGUAUCUUGCAUUGUUUGUCAACCAUCUGGAAACAAGAAGGAUUACGUGGUCUGUACCAAGGAGUGACUCCAAAUGUUUGGGGUGCAGGUGCUUCUUGGGCCUCCUGUACUCCCCAAGAUCUUCUCUGGAGAGUUGGAGUCCUAUCUAAGAUUAUCGGUUCUAUCAUACAAGACUGCAUGGGAGAGCAGAAGCAGCUACAAUGCAAUUAAAGCCAACAAGACAGAGGAUAAGAUGGAAAACCUUGGAGCAAUUGAACACCUAGUGUCAGCAGCUGAAGCUGGAGUGAUGACUUUGUGUAUUACCAACCCAAUAUGGGUAACCAAGACUCGGCUUGUGUUACAAUAUGACGCCGGUGCUGACCUCUCAAAGAAGCAGUACAAAGGGAUGUUGGAUGCUCUUAUUAAAAUAUACAAGUAUGAAGGUAUACGUGGGCUAUAUAAGGAAUUUAAAGCUUAUAAAACAAACCAUACUUUCAGGGAAUGGAGAAGAAACACUUGA